CCUGGUUAUACUUACAAAAUUGUUUGGUUGUCCUCGUUCUCCUCUUGCUCAUUUCAAUUAUUUUAUUCAGUGAAAUAAAUUAUGGGCCGUUUUCGUCGGGAUAGUACUCCCAACCGGCAUUAUGACCGCCGCACGGAAAGACGCCGGAGUCGUUCCACCGGUAAGGAAACUUCGUGUGACUUGCUUUCCGAGAGCUCUACUCGUAACUCGUAUCGGCCGGUAGUCCGAACACGCGGGAAUUGCUUGGGAGUAUUUGGAAUCAGCAUGAACACCACGGAACGAGACUUGCAUCGUAUCUUCAGUCGCUACGGUGAAGUUGAGCGGGUUUCAAUUGUACGGCAUCCGAAGUCGGGGAUCUCGAGAUGUUUUGGAUUUGUAUAUAUGCUGGACCAGCGGGAUGCAAACAGGGCCAAGGAGCAAUGUGAUGGCAUGCGUUUCGAUGAGCGACAGCUACGGGUGGACUUCUCAAAAACAGAUAGGCCGCACUCACCAACUCCGGGUCGGUACAAGGGGAGCCCGCACAAACGGGAACGACCACUGGAAAGAUUUUCAAGACGUGAAAAGCGACAUAAAUCUCGGUCGCCAACUCCUCGUUCCAGGCAUCACCGUUCUCGACACAUGCGUUCCAGAUCGUAAAAGUUCUAUUGAAACAUGCUAGAAAUUAAAAUUAGAAAGAACGCUAGGGACGUUUUGACAUUCUAGCUCCAAUAGUAAUUAACCCUUAAAUGCAUGCAACUCAUUUUUCGGUAUGAAUACGAUAUUUAACUCUUGUUGAGGCUUUAUAUUACAGAAUUCGGUAUGUUGCCAACAGUACGCAUUUAAGGGUUAAAAUGUUUUCGGUUUGUUGAUUUAUUUCACACUAAAUGUAAAAUAUAAUAGAACAAAAAAUGUUUCUUUUAUGUUCAGCUGUGCCAUCGGGUUCGAAAUGUAAAAUAUGACGUAAUUUUUCAGGAAUAU